GGCAGAUUAUUCUAUAAAACAUAUUUUUACAACGCAUUUGUAACGUCUGUCAUUGAUAAUUAUAUCUAGAUUUCUUUACUUGAAUCAGGGAGAUAUAUUUAGGCCUAUAAUUUAUAGACCUAUGUAGAUAUCAUAUAAAACAUAAAUGCCCUCUCACUCACCAUGGCUGAUUAACUAGACUAACAGCAGCUAGCCUUUAAAAUGUUCUUCUAUGUUACUACUUUAUCAAUUUGUUCGUUACGUUAAGCGUAAAUUACUGUAAUUCUGUAUAAACAAAACUUAUUUAUGGAGUUAAACAUGAGAUUGCUUAGAUCGAGUAGGUAGUAGCUAGGCCUGCUUUAUAGAUAAAUGCAAUUAUUUUUAUUUUACAGUUGAUCUUAUAGCUUUUGUUGUCCGCGAACGAGGCUAUUUAGCUGUUUGUUGUCAUACUGUGGGGGGAACAAACAUGUUUUUAGAUACGGACAUAGCGCAUCUAUGGGGAAGCAACAUCCUGGCUGCGCGCUGCAACCAAUUCUCUGGGCGCCUCAUUAAAGCGUUGCCUGGUUGUGAGGCUCAAAGUUUGGGGGCAAUACUGGCGAUCUCCUGGUGGCUUUAAGCUGGCUGGACCUAACAUGUGAAAGGAAGCAGGCAGCGCUUGUCCUCUAGCUGUUGAUUACGUUAAUCACGUUGCAGGAAGAUGGUGCGUGAGUUUCUGCUGCUGGAGAUGUUUCUAUAGAAACAUUUGGAGAUGGUUGGGAAGCUUCCCCUGAUAUCUCAGAGCUUCAUGCAAAGCGGUGCAUGACAUGCGUCCUCUCAGCUGCCAUAUCAAUGCUUAGGCACCAGUGCUUCGAAACAGCCAGACAGCGUCGCCUUGAAAUAAAGCUGCAGGCUGGUAUGAUUUGCUGAGGAAUAUGCAGUUUGCGUGAGUUAUCUACGGAAAGUUAAGGGAAAGUGCGCUCUCUUCCAUCCGGAGCGUUAAGAAGAGCAAUACUCAUCAUGCACUUUUUAAUAUCACGACUGUUGUAAAUUGCAUCGUAGUCCCAAAUUUUCUAGUGCUCGUCUAAUACCUUGAAGGCUAUAGGUAGUAACUAAAUUAAGGGCGCAUCAUGAGCGCAGAGAAGCCCAGCUUCCUGUCCCAGCCCGUCGUGAAAAAUAUAUACGUAUAUCGCAACGGCGAUCCUUAUUACGAGGGCCGCCGGCUGGUCAUUAACGAGAAGAAGGUGUCCAGCUUCGAGACCUUCCUGCGGGAGGUAACCGGCGGCGUGCAGGCUUCGUUCGGCGCCGUGAGGAACAUCUACACGCCGAAAGCCGGACACCGGGUCUCCUCCAUGCAGCACAUCCAGAGCGGGCAGCGCUACGUGGCCGCGGGGAGCGAGAGGUUCAAGAAGCUGGACUAUUCACAGAUCGGGACCAAAAAGAAAAAGCUUCUUCAGAAUAAUGGAAUAAUGGUAAAGCCGGCGGCCCAAAGCCAUAUAGUUGCGUCAGCGAGGUUCCUGAAACCCAUCAAAGAGCCCUGUCUGAUUUUCGUGGUGGCGAAUGGAGACAUACUGAACCCCCCUGUCCGGCUUCUGAUACCGCAGCGGAUGCUCGGCCUUUUCGAGCGAGUGCUGGAGAUGAUCACCGAGAAGAUGAAUCUCAGGAUUAUGGGAGGCGUUCGCAGCCUGUACACGCUCGAUGGGACAUUCGUCAGCGAUGGAAAUGACCUGGAAAGCGGACAGUACUACGUGGCUGUUGGGCGAGAGAGGUUUAAGAAGCUCCCCUAUAGUGACCUCAUAUUUGCCAAACCAGCAUCGAUGAGAAGAUUUGUUGGGUCAAAGGCUGCCUCCCUGCCUCCGAUUUACAGAGUGAAAAAACAGAGCGGACCCGUGGACAGUGAUCAGAGUAAAUCGAUGGAAGCAACCAAUGGUGCAUCAAAUUCUAAGAUGGGGUCCCCGAACCAAGGCAAUGAGGCACAGCAUUUCCAGGCCCAGCUGAUGAAGCUGAGGCAGAGGAAGAGCAUGCUGACCAUGUCGCUAGGAGCCCAGGACAACGAUGAAGGGGACCAGAGAGAGGAGGAAGAUGCUGCAGAUCCAGAAGCUAACCAGCACGAGAGUCCGGAGGCUCCCCUGCCCUCCGAGGAGAUAAAAGGAGAAAACGAGACUGGCACAGAAGAGAGUGCAGGAGGAAAUGAUGACAGAGAGGAAGAUGUUACUGUCCCUGGUGCCAGCGAGCUGGAGGAGGAGGAAGAUGGAGCAACAGCUGCAGUCGAUGGAGAGGAGGAGUCAGACACAGUUGACACGAGGCCUUUGGUAAAUGGAAAUGGGGAAAUGAACGAGGGAGAACAGGACCCCACCCAGAUCUUAAACAGGAACGAGGAGAAGAGCGAGAGAGAAGCAGACAACCCCACUCCUGGUGUAAAUGGAAAUGAAGUCAACGGUGAGGAGGAAGGGGAUGGAGCAGAGGACUGCGGGGCGGAAACGGCAAAUGACCCGUCUCCCGAGAUGGAGGACAAGCAGGCAGAGGAAGAGCUGGUGGGUGGGGAUGAGAAGGAGGAGGGUGAAGCUGGAGAUGGAGGACAGGAAAACAGUGAGCUGGAGGCUAAGGACAACACUAAUGAAGGUGAGGAGACACAGGAAGUGACAUCAUCAGAAGAAGCCGAUCCUAGCGGAGCACCAGAGGGGGAAUAGGAAUAUCUAAAUGAAGUAAAGGACACUGGAAGUCCCAAAAAUGAAGAAACAUCCCAAGAAACUGAGGACAUGGAAAUUAAUAAAUAGCCUGUUGAAGAUAACAAUCUAGCAGGACAACAAUACAUAGACCUGUCUGAUGUCAGACCCUAAGGGCGACAGGAAUUCUGGGAAAAUAAAGCUCCUUGAAUUAAAUGACAAACUAUUGAAUACCUCAAUGAAUAAAAAAACAUAUUUCCACUGAAUUGGCAAAUUAGCCGAACAAUUCCGAAUAGAUCUAUUUAUUUUUAGUAUGCAGAUAUUUUCUGAAGAUUUAACACAAGGUAUAUUUUGUAGGGAUACAUAUAAGUUUUAUUUUAUCUAGUUAAGGUAAAGUCUGUGUGGAUGCUUUCCUUUAGCAAAGCAAAGUAAUUCUAUCGUGUUCUUAGAAAAAGCUAUUUUUUUAAUUUCACCAGUCUUUUUUCCCAAAAAAUCUCAGGGAAUUUAAUGAGGGACCUAAUAAUCAUAUGAAUUAAAAAAAAUGCUCAAUCAAUUAGCAGGUGGAUAUUUCAUGAAGCCGCACAACCCAAUUCAACAUGUGAACAAUAUUUUUUCUGUGUUUUACAUGACACAUUGUAACUCCGGCUUUCCAUGGAGAGCGUGUUGUAGGGUGACGGAGGACAGCCUCCCCCUGUACAAUUUCCAGACUACUUUUAGUUAAUAUUGAUUUGGCAGGCAAGGUGCUUUGGGAAUUACAUACAUCCAUACAUCUGCCACAUCACUAGACAUGGCUCAGAAUAAACAUUCGGCUGCACGUUACUGCAAAGGCCGCCGUGCAACAGGGAAAAUGCACUAGGGCUCAAGCAGUGAUCAUAUUUUGUGAACAGCUUAUGUAGACAUAGUUUAGUUAAAUGUUUAUAAUGUAGAUGGAAAAAUCUGGUUAAGAUUAAAAAAAUAAACUGCAUUCUUAAAAUCUUUUAAUGUGAACUUUGAAAGCAUAAGAAUAAUGAAAACAACACAUUUUGUAGUUACUGAGAAGAAAUAAAUGUUCCUAUAUAGUAAAA